GCAGAACUGGGACCCCUAAUUAGGACCAAGUGACACCUCAAGGAACAGGAUGCUGAGACUCUCUCUCCAUUUAUUUUUAGUCAGUGUCUUUGGAGCUUCUCUGCUGGCUGAUGGCACUAACAUACGACUCGAUGGUGGCAGUAACUCCUGCUCUGGUAGAGUGGAAGUCUAUUAUAAUAACCAGUGGGGAACAGUGUGUGAUGAUGACUGGGACAUGAAUGAUGCACAGGUGGUGUGUAGACAGCUUGGGUGUGGUAAUGCUGUCAGCGCUAAUAAAAAUGCCACCUUUGGUCAGGGAAGUGGCCCAAUAUGGAUGGAUGAUGUUCACUGUUCCGGAAGGGAAAGCAGCAUCACACAGUGCUCUCAUAGAGGAUUUGGAACACACAACUGUGGGCAUAGUGAAGAUGCUGGUGUUACUUGCUCAGGUACAGAAAUUCCGCAUGGCUCUAACAUACGACUGGCUGGUGGCAGUAACUCCUGCUCUGGUAGAGUGGAAGUCUAUUAUAAUAACCAGUGGGGAACAGUGUGUGAUGAUGACUGGGACAUGAAUGAUGCACAGGUGGUGUGUAGACAGCUUGGAUGUGGUAAUGCUGUCAGCGCUAAUAAAAAUGCCACCUUUGGUCAGGGUAGUGGCCCAAUAUGGAUGGAUGAUGUUCACUGUACCGGAAGUGAAAGCAACAUCACACAGUGCACUCAUAGUGGAUUUGGAAAACACAACUGUAGCCAUGGUGAAGAUGCUGGUGUUACUUGCUCAGAUGGUGCUAACAUACGACUCGUUGGUGGCAGUAACUCCUGCUCUGGUAGAGUGGAAGUCUAUUAUAAUAACCAGUGGGGAACAGUGUGUGAUGAUGACUGGGCCAUGAGUGAUGCACAGGUGGUGUGUAGACAGCUUGGAUGUGGUGAUGCUGUCAGAGCUCAUCCAAGUGCCGCCUUUGGUCCGGGAAGUGGCCCAAUAUGGAUGGAUGAUGUUCGCUGUUCCGGAAGUGAAAGCAACAUCACACAGUGCUCUCAUAAUGGAUUUGGAAAACACAACUGUAACCAUGGUGAAGAUGCUGGUGUUACUUGCUCAGGUACAAUAAUCUCAGAUGGAGGUAACAUACGACUCGUUGGUGGCAGAAACUCCUGCUCUGGUAGAGUGGAAGUCUAUUAUAAUAACCAGUGGGGAACAGUGUGUCAUAAUUACUGGCACAUGAGUGAUGCACGGGUGGUGUGUAGAGAGCUUGGAUGUGGUAAUGCUGUCAGCGCUCAUAAAAGGGCUUACUUUGGUCAGGGAAGUGGACGAAUAUGGAUGGAUAAUGUUCACUGUUUUGGAGGAGAAAGCAGCAUCACACAGUGCUCUCAUAGUGGAUUUGGAAUACACAACUGUAACCAUGGUGAAGAUGCUGGUGUUACUUGCUCAGCAACCAGGAUACCUGUGACAACAGCCACGAACCUGCCAUAUACUUCUGUAAUAAAUGUGACUGUAACAGGACAAAUUGAGGAAAGGACAAUAGACCCUGGUGACAGUCAUGGCGCUAACAUACGGCUUGUUGGUGGCAGGAACUCCUGCUCUGGCAGAGUGGAAGUCUAUUAUAAUAACCAGUGGGGAACAGUGUGUGAUGAUGACUGGGACAUGAGUGAUGCACAGGUGGUGUGUAGACAGCUUGGAUGUGGUGAUGCUGUCAGCGCUCAUCAAAGUGCCGCCUUUGGUCCGGGACGUGGACCAAUAUGGAUGGAUGAUGUUCGCUGUUCUGGAAGUGAAAGCAACAUCACACAGUGCACUCAUAAUGGAUUUGGAAAACACAACUGUAACCAUGGUGAAGAUGCUGGUGUUACUUGCUCAGAUGGCGCUAACAUACGACUCGUUGGUGGCAGAAACUCCUGCUCUGGUAGAGUGGAAGUCUAUUAUAAUAACCAGUGGGGAACAGUGUGUCAUAAUCACUGGGACAUCAGUGAUGCACAGGUGGUGUGUAGAGAGCUUGGAUGUGGUAAUGCUGACAGAGCUUAUCAAAGGGCUUACUUUGGUCCGGGAAGUGGCCCAAUAUGGAUGGAUGAUGUUCGCUGUUCUGGAAAAGAAAGGAGCAUCACACAGUGCACUCAUAGUGGAUUUGGAACACACAACUGUAACCAUGGUAAAGAUGCUGGUGUUACUUGCUCAGUCAGUGUGUCUGUGCAUUAUAAAGGAGUGUAA